AUGACGGAAAUCCUCAACUGCUCUAUUUCUGAUUUGCAUUUUCCAUGUCUGAAUGAAUCUGCUGACUUCUGUUUUUUUUUUUUUCUGUUACAGAUUGUGUGCGCAGGUGAUGCCCCUGGUUCAGUUUCCACAACUGGCUUACCCUUGAGCAGCAAUGACUCACAGUCCUCUAGGAUUCCUACUGGGCAGGAAAAUACUGGAGAAUUUAAGAGUGAGGACACCACCAGCCAAAGUAUUACCAUUGGUAACUUGUCCCCUGGAACCAGUUAUCCGAAUGGGACUGAAGGGACAUCCAAAACAGUUGACAGUAGAACUGCACCCAGUCCUGUGUUUGGCAUUGAUGCUGUUUCCAUCAGUCCAACCAGCGUGGUCCUGACCUGGAAAAACAAUGACAGAGAUGCUUCUGAGUACACGUAUGCAGUAAAGAAUGAGAGGGACAACGCCUGGAGGAUGAUUGUAACAAAUAAAACAGAGUGUACCAUCACAGGCUUAAGUCCAGGAACUUCCUAUGAAUUCUCCAUCACUCCAGGAAUAGCCAAUGAGACGUGGGGAAGUCCCACGUCCAAAACUGUCACAACAGAGCCUCGUCCAGUGUCUGGGCUUCGUGUUACCUUCAUGGGUGUGACGCUGCUUGCUCUUAACUGGAUCAAGGACAACGGUACUGAGUCUUUCCAGAUUCUCCUUGAAACCAAUGGAAGUCAGACAGAGAUGACCAGAGACUUGGCCAUCAAUAUUUCAGUCCUGAAGCCGGGGUUUCCGCUUCGUCCAGAAUCAAACGAGACGCAAGGAGACACCCUGGAUGCCAGCAACACGGGAAAGGAGGUGAGCACACACCCGCCAUGCAGCAGCCCUCCGGGCCCUGUGACUGCAUACUGCCAUGUAUCUGCAGACCCAUCCUCUGGCCAGGAGUCCCAACACAUUGACGUCCUACUUGUUGGGGUGAAGUCCAACACUCAAUACAAGGCCACUGUUUAUUCUCAAGCGGCAGAUGGCACAAAAGGACAGCCCCAGGCCAUCGAGUUCAGGACAAAUUCUAAUCAGGUUUCUGACCUCAAAGCGGUGAACGUCAGUGCCACAAGCAUGACCCUGACCUGGAAAGCCGUCUAUAAUGGGUCAUCCUCUGCUUACUCCUACAAGAUACAAGUGGCCGGGGAGGCCAGUGUCCUCAAUCUCACUGUCAAGGAGACUCAUGCCACGGUCUCGGGACUCAACUCGAGUACCUUGUACAGCAUCACGGUGUGGCCUUUCCUGGGGGACGUCGAGGGCACGCCAGGCUUUCUCCAAGUGUAUACCCCCCCUGGUUCAGUGUCCAACUUUCGAGUGACGAAUGUCAGCAUCAGGGAAAUUGGCUUAGCCUGGAGCAGCGAUGACUCACAGUCCUUUAGGAUUCUUACUGUGCAGGAAAAAAUUGGAGAACUUAAAAAUGACACAACCACCAACCAAAGUAUUACCAUUGGUAACUUGUCCCCUGGAACCAGUUAUCAUUUUGAAAUAUUUCCACGAGGACCGGAUGGGACUGAAGGGCCACCCCAAACAGUUGACAGUAGAACCGACACUAGUGUGGUGUUUGACAUCCGUGUGGUCCGUGUCACCACCAACGAGAUGCAGCUGGAGUGGCAGAACACAGAUGGUGCAGCUGAGUACAUCUACCAUUUGGUUGUCUGGUCUGAGAACUACAUCAGGGAAGAGAACAUCUCGGGGAAAGCCGUCACACUGCAGAACCUCAAGCCAGGCACCUUAUACAACAUCUCAGUCUCUCUAGUCGCUGACAAGGGGCACCCCAGCUCCAUUGUCCAGUACACACGGCCAAGCAAUGUGUCCAACAUGACAAUAAAGACCACCAGCACAGCGGCGACCCUGCAGUGGUGGAACCAGGACACGGCCUCUUCCUCAUACUCCUACCGCCUUCUGAUUGCGAAGGCUGAUAAUUCCAGCAGCGCGACUCAAGUGGUCAGGACAGACGUUGGGGUCACUAAUGCCACAGUCGGGGACCUGAUGCCUGGCUCACAUUAUAGAGUGGAGAUCUUUGCACAGGUGGGGAAUGCCACCGAGUCGCUGCCAUUCCUGGAGUCAUUCUGUACAGAGCCUGCCCCAGUGGCCCCCUUCCACUGUGAAGUGGUCCCCAAAGAGCCAGCCUUGGUUCUGAAAUGGGCCUGCCCGCCUGGCACCAAUGAAGGCUUCAUGCUAGAGGUCAGCAGUGGAGCCUGGGACAACGUGACAAACCUGGAGAGCUGCACCUCCGAGAACGGCACCGAGUACAGGAAAGAAGUCACCUAUUUGAAUUUCUCUACCUCGUACAACUUCAGCAUCACCACCCUGUCUUGUGGAAAGAAGGCACUCGCCACCCAGAACACCUGUGUCACUGGCAUCACAGACCCCCCUCCUCCAGAUGGAUCCCCCAAUAUUACAUCUGUCAGUCAUAAUUCAGUAAAGGUCAAGUUCAGUGGGUUUGAAGCCAGCCACGGACCCAUCAAAGCCUACGCUGUCAUUCUCACCACUGGGGAAGCUGAUAACCCUUCCGCAGAUGUUUUGAAGUAUACAUAUAAGGAUUUCAAAAACGGGGCCUCCAACACUUACGUGACGUACUUCAUAAGCACAGAAGAAAAGGGACGUUCUCAGGGCUUGUCUGAGGUCUUGAAAUACGAGAUCAACGUUGGGAAUGAGUCAACCACCCACGGCUACUACAACGGGAAGCUGGAGCCUCUGGGCUCCUACCGGGCUUGUGUUGCUGGCUUCACCAAUAUUACCUUUAACCUUCAAAGUGAUGGACUCAUCAACGGAGCUGAGAGCUACGUGACCUUUGGUCCCUAUUCAGAGGCGGUUUUCUUGCCCCAGGAUCCAGGUGUCAUCUGCGGAGCUGUGUUUGGAUGUAUCUUUGGUGCCCUGGUCAUCGUGGCUGUGGGAGGCUUCAUCUUCUGGAGGAAGAAAAGGAAAGAUGCAAAGAACAAUGACGUGUCCUUUUCUCAAAUUAAACCUAAAAAGUCCAAGUUAAUCAGAGUGGAGAAUUUUGAGGCUUACUUUAAGAAACAGCAAGCCGACUCCAACUGUGGCUUUGCAGAGGAAUAUGAGGAUCUGAAGCUUGUUGGAAUUAGUCUACCUAAAUAUGCGGCUGAGCUGGCAGAGAACAGAGGAAAGAAUCGCUAUAAUAACGUUCUGCCCUAUGAUAUUUCUCGAGUCAAACUUUCAGUCCAGACCCAUUCCACUGAUGACUACGUUAAUGCCAACUACAUGCCAGGCUACCAUUCCAAAAGAGAGUUUAUUGCCACACAAGGACCUUUACCCAACACUUUGAAGGAUUUUUGGCGCAUGGUUUGGGAGAAAAAUGUCUAUGCCAUUGUGAUGUUGACCAAAUGUGUUGAACAGGGAAGGACAAAAUGUGAGGAGUACUGGCCCUCCAAGCAGGCCCAGGACUAUGGGGACAUAACUGUGGCAAUGACAUCAGAAAUUGUUCUUCCGGAAUGGACCAUCAGAGAUUUCACAGUGAAAAAUAUCCAGACCAGUGAGAGUCACCCGCUGCGACAGUUCCAUUUCACCUCUUGGCCAGACCACGGCGUACCCGACACCACGGACCUGCUCAUCAACUUCCGAUACCUUGUUCGUGACUACAUGAAGCAGAGUCCUCCUGAGUCACCCGUUCUGGUGCAUUGCAGUGCUGGGGUUGGAAGGACGGGCACUUUCAUUGCUAUCGACCGUCUCAUCUAUCAGAUAGAGAACGAGAACACUGUGGACGUGUAUGGUAUCGUGUAUGACCUUCGGAUGCACAGGCCUCUCAUGGUGCAGACAGAGGACCAGUAUGUUUUCCUCAAUCAGUGUGUUUUGGAUAUUAUCAGAUCCCAGAAAGACUCCAAAGUCAAUCUCAUCUACCAGAAUAUGACUGCAAUGACAAUCUAUGAAAACCUCGAGCCAGUGAGCAUGUUUGGAAAAACAAAUGGUUACAUCGCCUAAUUCCAAAGCAGAUCCUUUUUGAAGUUAACCAGACCGACGCACCCACAGCAGAGGAAAACGCCCCGAUGUUGACAUGUCUUCAUACGUCUCUUAUCUCAAUUCUGUGUUCUGUUCUGUUAGAACUACUCUGGAGGGUGUGAAGCUGCGCAUGUCAAACGUGGCAGAUGAGAAGCUGGGGCUUUCAGGGGCUGUGGAUGGGGGUGAGCAAAUCAACUGCAUUCCUGUUACCAAUGGGAUGAGUUCACUUUUUUAUUUUCUUUGAGAAUUGUGGAAAAUCAGGAAAAGUGAGCUACGAUUUUUUUUUUCUUUUUCAAAACAGGUUUCUUUUUCUUUCUUUUCUUUUCUUUCUUUCUUUUUUUUUUUUAAAAGAGACUAUUUUAUAUGAUUCACAUGCUAAAGCCAGGAUUGUGUUGGGUUGAAUAUAUUUUAAGUAUCAGAGGUCUAUUUUUACCUACUGUAUCUUGGAAUCUAGCUGAUGGAAAAUACAUAAUUGUGGGUGAUAAUUGUGUAGGGAGGGGGAUGCGGUGCCUCUUCCGCAUAAGUUUUCUAUUUGAACAUGUGCCUUUUCUGAAUUAUGCUUCCACAGGCAAAACUCAGUAGAUAUCUCUAUUUUUGUAUCGAAUCUCAUAAUUGGAGUAUGUGGAAUAUUUAAACAAUAGUUUAGCAUCCGAGGUUCGCCUUCUCGCUCACAUUCCUGUUCUCGCCCAACUUGAGGAGGCCUCUUUUUGCUCCCUCCCUCCCCCUACGGACAUCUGUGCUCCAUUUCUUUCUUGCUUUUAUUUUUUUUUUUUCCCUCCCAGUUUUCUCCAAAGACUUCUGUUGGCAACAUUUUCAGCCCAUUGGUUGGGUGAGAAUGGAAACUAAAAUAUCACAGUGAGAGUUUCUGCGGGUGGGGAUGGGAGAAGCAGAGGAAUCCUACGGUGACAUAAAUCCUUUCCUUGUCCCUGUCUCAACCCUUCUCUCAUUUCUGUCUUUGGUAAGAAGGAUUAUUUAAAGGUGCAAUAUGUGACUUAGUGAUUCAUGAUGCUCUGGGUUUUUAGUAAUGUUUUACUCAGGUUGGCAUUUUGUGUGUGUCUGUAUGUCUGUGUAUGUGUGUGUGUGUGUGUGUGUGUGUGUGUGUGUGUGUGUGUUUUAAAGUGUGGCAAUCUGUGAACACUUCGGUGUGAAUUCAGUGUCAGAUGAAUCCCCCUCCCCCAAAGUCCACUGGCUUUAGUCCCUAUCUGCAGUGACACAUAUCGGUAUCUACUGUACAUAUAAAUACUAAACUCUUAAAACAGUCAUUCCUAUGAAUUGAGGUGUACAAAGUCUGAUUUGUAUCAAAGAUGUAAUUAUUAUUUUUAAAACCUCUUUUCACUAUACUGCUGCUGUAAUUACUUUGAUUUUUAAUGUAGAUUAAUUUUUUUUUUUUUUUGGCUUCAGGUGUGUAUUCACCAAGAAUUUCAGAAUUUAUGUGGGUUUACUUUAUGGGUACAUCAUCUGUAAACUUCUCAAGGCAUUAACAUGAAAGGAUUUGUUUCUUUUAUAUUGUGGCUCAGGUUAUAUUUUGAAGAAGUUUCGAGUUUGUUUUCCAAUAGGCAAUGAAGUAUACAAGGUCUUAUGAAGGAAUCACCGAGUCCUUGGAGUCCUGUGGCCGUGUCCCACAGUAACACAUCCUGCUGCACACUCAGGACCAUGUGUCCUGUUGAGAAUGGGAGCGGGGACUUCUCUGCCUCCCUGGUCACUGUGGGCCCGAGGGAUCCUGCCACCCGAUGCUGCCAUGUUCCUCACCUCACUGGCACUUUGAGAAGCGACUGGACAUGUUAUUGGGUAUUUUAGGGUGAUAUAGGAUGAACCUCAAUGUACUGAAAGCCCUCGAUGUGGUUCAGAGGUUUCAUGCUGUAUGUCUUUUGUCCCCCUUUCCCUGUGAGGUACUGAAAGGAUUAAAAGGAGAGGUCAUGGUGGUGUCAUGAUUUGGGGAGAGUUUGCUUCUCAAAUGGAAAUUGCACUUUUUGCUGAAUCCUUUGCAUUCUUAGGUAGUAAGCAGUCCAUUCAGUAUCAGGCUUUUAAGCAUGAGGUGGACAGGCCAGGUUGGGCCCUCCUAACUCCAUGUCACAGAGGGCUGUGGCUCUGUAGGUGGGGACCAGGAAAGCCACACCGUCCCUGGGUUUGGGGUGGAGCUGGUUCUGGGUCUGUUGCUCCGGCACCUUCACACUGAUCUGCCCCCAACUCAUGCAGGCUGCGGAGAGUCCCAGGCACCAUUCAGAGCUCCCUGUCCCAAUAGCCACUCUCUGGGCCACACCUUUCCCACUCAUGGUGGGGGCCUGAAGUAUCAAAUCCCACUGUAGUUUCUAAGCCCUGCUCUGUCUGCACUGCUGCCACGGAAAAACCAGAGGAAAGACUUGCCCCUAAAAAUGUCCUUUAGAAUAUCAGAGUCCCUCAAAAGAUUAAGUCAACAUAAUUGUAAACAUCUUGUGUAAAAAUUGCAAAGCACAGAGACCCUCCUUCCCCUGCCUGACGUGAGCUUGGGAAAUAGUUGGGCAACAGCCCCAGCAAGCCACUCUCCGACGUCACCCCGAUCCUAGGAGGAAGGCUUGAGGUGGAGAGGUCUGGAAUUCCAAAUGGGUAGGUCACACGAAGGUCAUGAUGAUGCUCUGCAGCCUGGGAAGGAUUGGGGACCAGCCACUGGGGGUGGCCAGUGUAUUUAUAGCACUGUCAUUGGAAAGGGAAGAUGAAUGUGUAAAUAGUAAGGACAGGCUGAGAGCGGGUCUGAUAUAAGACCACGGUGCCCUGAGCUUCUGUCCCAAGCCCUCCCAGGAACAAUGAACUAGAAUUUGGAGAGUCCAUUGGGACCGUGGGGAUGGUUUGUGCUGCCUGCUCAGUAUUUGACAGUUGCACAUAGAAAAGCAGCCAGUGUGAUCCGCUGUCCAUGAAAGGGCUACAGAUUGGUGACCAGCUGGUUUGUGGGGCUUGGGCCAUUAAUAUCUUCUCCCAAGAGCAAAAACAUUUUGCCUCCAAAGUUGAAUCUAGUAACGACUGGCACCAGUGGGAAGUGACAUUUGGUGUCUGUUCCCCAUGGCCGCAUUGUGACCUCCAACCAGACUUGGACAUAAUUGACUCCACUGGAUUUGUACUUGGCAAAGUCAGAGGCUCUCGGGCGUGGGGGUGGGGUGGGGUCAACUAUGCAGCUGAUUCAUAUUUGUAUUUCAUGUGGGAUGAAAAAGCUUGAUUUUUAUUUUAUUUUAUUUUAUUUUUUUUGAAAUGCUUGAUUGCGCUUGAUGAGCUAAAACAAAGUCUUGGUGACUGAUGUUGAUUUGCCUCAAAAGUCCAAGUUUCUGAGUUUUCAGACUACUGUGUAGCAGUUGUGUGUUUAACAUACUGUAGCUUUUUCUCCCUUGGGGGCACAUAUGAAUAGGACAUGUUGAUGUGGACUCUAAACUGUAAUUUUCUUGUAACUAUUUUGGAAUGAUGCAUAUUUCUAAUGUUUGUUAUACUUGUACAGAGUAUUGCUGUUGGUUGCUUUUUUUUUUUUUAAGGAAAAAAAUGGCCUGAAAAAAUUUUUUUAAAGACUUA